AUGUGGAAUCAGUUACAGGACGCAGAAAAUAUUGACGAGGCUGGGAAUAUUGGUGAUACAGAAAAUUGUCUGUCGAAGAGUUUUAGGAAAUACAAAAGUUUUAUUUAUAUUUUUUUAGUAAUCCUUGUAAUAUUUAUUGUAUUUAUAUCUUAUUACGAAAUAAAUGAAAACAAAAAUAUAGAUUUCGAGUUAGAUUGUAACGAUUUAAAUGAAAGAUGUCUCACUUAUAAGUACCCCGAAUUUAAGCCUCAUAGACUCCGUAUCGUAGACAUUAAUGCGGAAAACAACAACAUACUGCUAAGAAGCAGUGUACCAUUAUUCAAUGGCAUAUUCUCCGAGGACUUGUUGCGUAACCACAUUAAAACUUUAAUGGAGAACUCGAACUUAAAUUACGACGAUAGUUUAUCCCUAUACAUCAUAUCUUUUUUGAGGAAUGACAUAAAGGAUGGAUGUUGCUACACCGCCCAAAGAUGUAAUAUAAAAGAUGCAUCCAUCAUUAAUUAUGUAAUAUUAGGACAUAAGGAUAAUCCGUUUGACAUAGAUAACAAGACACUUGAACAAGAAUUGAAGAGCCAAAAUUGGGAUACGGACAAAUUACUGGAACGAGUACAAGACUUAACAGAAAAAUUUAAUACAAUGAAGAAUACAAUAUUUGUAAUUCAUUGUAGAAGAGGUAGAGACAGAACGGGAGAAUUUGUUUCUGCUUAUAGAAUGAUAAUAAAGAAACAUGACUUUGAUACUGUAGUAAAGUCUAAUGAAGAAAUAGGAAAAGUAAAAGAACAAUAUCUUAAAAUGCAAAAAUGGUUAUGCUUAUUUUUAGAAAAAGUGUUGGGUUACUCAAAUAUAGGCUGUUAUGAUUUUAGGUGA